AUGAAUCGAGACGUUAGUCAGAAAAUUGACAUAUUAAACCAUACUAUGACCGAAAAUUUUGAACGGACAACAAAACAGAUGACAGAAUUAAAUAACACCACUCAACAGCUCAGCCAGCGAUUUGAGACAUUGUCCGAUCGAGUCACUAAACAAGAAGAAACUUUGGAAGUGAACACUCGUGUGGAAGAGUUAGCUCAGGCCCACACUUCAGCUAGCUCCACCCAAGAAAAGCUGACUGAAGAAGUGGGAAAUAUUACCCAACAGCUCACAAUGGUAGUUCUUGAACAAACCCACCUCAAAGAAAAUAUAGAAAAAUUAGAAAAACGAGCGGAUCUCGCGUCACUAAACAACGACACCAACAUGGCAGAAAGAAUUGUACAUGAAUGUAAAUUGUGUGACGACUAUCUGGACAAAAAACUUGAAACAAUUACACAGGAUAUACUUUCAAAAGCAAAGACACAUGUUAAAGACGAGACAAAACACAUAGAAGACGAAGUGACUAAAUUACGAGACAAUGUUGUGCCGUGUUUGGUGAUUGGUGCAAACGCAUCGUCAGGGAACGACAAAACAGCUAAAACCAUGGCUAAUGACACAGACAGAACACCUAUUGUGGAAUCACCUAUUUCCAAUCAAAAUUACAAUGUGCCGCUUUCUUUUCCACCAAACGAGCAAUAUUACGAUACGACACCUAGAGUAGCAAAUAAAAUGGACGUAGUUUACAGAGGCAAUUCAUGCCAUUCAAAUUUUACUCAUAUUACUAACCAAAAUCAGCACCCACCCCAAAGGAACCGUAGUGACGGUGGUUGGUGGAACCAUCCGUCCGCGCAGCGACACAAUACGAUGCCUGCGCGCAAAACAUAUUCAAAUGGAAACGUGUAUGACAGUAGGAACAACCGCAGAAAUUCGUGGAAUAAUAAUAACAACAAUAAUUAUCACCCAUAUAAAAAUGGUAACUACAAGCAAAAUGAAAAUUACAGACAGUACAACAACAACAACAAUAGGAGACGUGAGAAUAACCGGUACAACCCGGGCUACUUUGACAGGAACAUGACAUAUAACAGACAUAAUUACCACCAAAACAAUAACAAUCCCAACAAUCACCGACAGAAUAUGUGGAACACACAAAAUUCACGCAUGACAAAUCAUAACCCUCCACGGAAUCCACCGCCGGUCCCCAGUACAGUUAUGCACUCCCCGCCACGAAGUAGCAAUAACAAUUGCAGCGCGCCAUCAGCUGACGCGUGGGCGCCAAUCGGUACUGGUGCUGCUGCAAGUGAACGAGACCUACACGGGUUACAUUUGUUGUUAAUUGUAAAUUAUAAGGUGAAUCAACAAUUAUUGAUGGAGACAAGAGAUUAUUUGAGGAAAAUAUUAUUGGAGUUUUAUGAGAAUGGAAGUUCCAAAUGGCCCCACAUAUGUGAUAUAUUAAUGUUUGAUGAGGAAUAUGUUUAA